UCCUGUCCACACAUGUUGCAUACCAAUAUACAGGCAUGCCAUUACAUGGUUAAAUAAAAUGAUAUUUAGAUUUUUAGAUACAGGACUUAUUGCUUAAAUUUGUGUAUCAUUCUCUGUUGAAAUGUAAAAUGGGAGGAAUAAAUUCAUGUGUUAGUGAAAAGACAUCUAAAAAACAAGAUAUUGAAGAAGUUUUAAAAUGGUUUCAGCAUUUAGACCAACACAGUGAUGGUGACGAAAUUGUCAUACCCAGGGAAACUUUCAACAAAUUAUUUGAACGUUUGAAGGAGAUGGCAAAUAAAGAUGAACACAAAACUGAUCAAUACGUCAGUGCGCCGAGAGUUCAAAUACUAGACACACGAAGCACAUCGGCAGUUACAAUGUUUAUAAAACAGUUGCAAUAUGAGAUAAUGCAUCGGAAUCGUAUUGAUACUGCAGUUAUUGGAACAGUAGCAGAGGCACUUCAGAAAACAGUUUUAAUUCUCGUGUGCAACAAAGGACAAGGCGGAUCCACAAAAGCGUUGGUUGAAAAAUGUCUGAAAGAUGUUGAACAUUGUCACUACAACAGAAUUAUUUUAGUUAUUGUACACGUUAUGAGAGAACAAAAACUUCCCAAACUUCCAUCUAGUGGCGAGGUAAAAAGCGAGGAAAGUUUCAUGAAUAUCGGAAAGAUGGUUGAUAUGGGUUUCUAUGACGACACUAUAUAUCAGUGUGAUAUGAAUAUAAAAGCCAUUGAAGAAAUUGUGCAGUUCUGUAGAGAAUUUCGUUACCCUGCUAAAGACGAGAGUCAAGCCCAACAUACAAUACUUUCCGUCUCUAAUCAACCAAAAGAUUCCUCUGACCAGGAGACAAAUCAACCACAAUUUAAUUAUAGGAAAACAGACGUCAUUGCCUUUGAUGGCAGAAGAUAUCCCCGCAAAGCGGUAUAUUUGAUGACCCCGUCUAAAACGAAUGCUAUGUCAGCGUUUACUAAGUUAUUUCAAGCAAGAAUGAGGGGUUUUGGAAUCGAGAUCGAAGAAAAGGAGCCAAGUGAUGCUAAGAACCUUGAUCCUAGUUUGCUGUUGAUGAUAGUUUGUAAUGUCACAACGCGCAUUGAAUCUGACAUCAAGCGCUGCUAUGAUGACAACUUACAAGCCGCUCAAAACAGAACAAUUUUGAUAGCACUGCAUGUCACUACAAAAGGAAAAGAGCCAAAGCUGUUAACAGAGCAGAAACUAGCAGCGGACAGUUUAUUUCCGGACAGUUCAUUGAUUAAGAUUAUCGACAUUGCUUUUAAUACUGAACAUGGAAUAUAUGAAUGUGCAAUGAACUGCACUGCAGAAGAUUAUUUUCGUAAUCUUGAGGCAAAUUUAACACCCAUCGACAACGUAAUAUAAUGAACUGUAAAAAAAGAUUUUUUUCUCUAUUUUCCUUUUUUCUUGUAUUUUAUCUCGUUCUGUACUUUUAUUAUAAUUAUUCUUAUAAUUCGUUAUAAUUGCAGAAAAUGGCAAAGAGGUUAAUCGGAUGGACGCGUUUUCUUUGUAGACACUUCUGUUUUGUGCUUUCUUCCAUGUUUCUGCCCCAACCAAAAAUAAAAGAAAUAAUGAGACAGGGUACAUGAAACGUAAAAAACACAAUAAAUCAAGGUGUGUUUGAGAAGAAAUGACGUGGUAUUUCAAAGUCCUGUGUGUAUAGCAAUUGAACCUUCUAUCAAACAGUCAGAUGAGAUUGACUGAUAUUUUUCACAUUAGAGGAUGCUAGUCUUUGUAGUUUCGUUGAAUUGUUUGGUCACUGUGAUUAAGGUCAAUGACACAUAUGCCGCAUUUGGUUGAGUGGUUUAGUUGGUUGACUGCAAACCACUGUCUCCUCACCGCAGGUAGUUAACUCUCAACAGAGAAUGUGGAGUGUUCCAUAUCAGAAUGCUGUUAAACUAGCAUACGAAUUGACAUUAGUUUUACGCGGGGGCCAAAUUAUGUCUGAAAUAAUGCAAGGAUUGGCAUCUGAGGUUUAUUGACACUUAAAAAAUUGCAUGCCACUGUACAAAAAACAGUAGUGGGGCGACAUAACGCCUCCCCUUUCCAAUAAGAGACAAAGAAAAUUUGCUUUAAAACAUGUUUUUCUAUACAACCUUUAAAGUCUUUUUUAUAAAAUUAUGUCUGAAACAUGUCCUUAAUUCUUCUCUACCCUGAGUGAUUUAAUUUGGGAGACAGCAUGAAGAUAACCAGUGCUUAUACACACUGAACACACGUUGCUGAUAUUGUUGAUUUUAUAUUUGUGCUUUAUUAUUAUAACUCAUUAUUUUAACAUAGUGUGAUAAUAAAGUUUUAGCU